GAGUCAGAGAUGGAGAUGGUGAUUUGGGUGACGGAGCUGGUGCAGGAACUGGGGUUGGAGAUAAUGACGAAGUUGGUGGCGCCACUAUUGGGGACGAAGUGGGCGUGGCGGUGGGUGAGAUUUUUGGUGUUGUUCCUGGAGCAUGUGCUAUGCAUGAAGUGGCGAAAAGAGUGAAAAGCACGAAGAUUUGGAACCUGAAGAAGAACCCAUCUUCAUGCUCGUUAGAGAGAGAGAGAUAUG